CCCUCACCAAAUAUGCUUCUCUUCUUGACAGUCGGCAAGUUAACGGCACCGAAAUAUCGGAAAAAAUCAUCUUUUCCAUAACGGUUUGUGAACAAGAGUAUUUAUGUUCGUGCUGGGCGAUGCACGGGCUCCGUGUAAACUCUAACCCUCGACGCUGUGAAGGCUUUUGAAUAGAUAGAAAAGGCGCUGACAGCUCAUCCUCAUCUUAUCGUUUCACCGGUACCUCAUUUAGGUUAGUGUAACGUUAAAAAUGCUAGCUAACUGAGAUAAUUUAUCAAGUGAAGUUAUAGAGAAGAACCGUUUUCGUACCGAGUGAACUCGACGAAUGUGUUGGUGGUGAAAAGUCGGGUUUGUAAGCUAACCGGCUUCUGGUAGCGUUUGCUUUCAUACCGGCUGAAAUGGAGGGACAUGUGACGUGGUAGUCAGGGCUCGAGAUAACCGGUGGAGUCAAGUUCUCUUCGACUGAGUUCUCUGUCUGUUAACUGUGGAGCUAGUAGCACUGAGUGUGAGGCUAUUCAGGAGGCGAAUAGUAUUGGACACCCAUGAUGCACCAGCAGGGCUCGUUGAUGCCCCCGCUUCUUGGUGAUGUAUUCUGCCAGUGCCGAGCGGGUGAGACCCACCGGGGGGUCGACCCAGGCGGCGGAGGCGGGCGCGCCGCAGACCCGUCCUCAGCUGCCCCGUCUAAACCAGUGCCUGUGGCUGGGGACUGGCACUCGGAUUCCGGUCAGUCAGCGCAUCCGUGUGACAUAUGUGGAGGACCUGAGCAGGAGCACAGACUCAAAGUGUUGUUCCAGGUCCUGGAUGUGAACGGUGAUGGAGGAAUCUGUAUCAACGACCUCACCAUCGGGCUGAAGAAGUUAGGAGUACACCGCACCGAGCAUGAGCUCAUGAAAAUAGUAAAAGCAGGAGACAAAGACCUGGAUGGACAGUUAGACUUUGAGGAGUUUGUCCAUUAUCUGAGAGACCACGAGAAGAAGCUCCGGCUGGUCUUCAAGAGUCUGGACAAGAAGAACGAUGGCCGGAUUGACUCUCAAGAAAUCAUGCAGUCCCUGCGUGACCUGGGAGUGAACAUCUCUGAGGAGCAGGCUGAGCAGAUUCUCAAAAGAAUAAGGAGGGGUCAUAUCUGGGCCCCUAUCUUGUAUAUGGAUAAAAAUGGCACAAUGACGAUUGACUGGAAUGAGUGGCGGGAUUACCACCUCCUGCAUCCAGCUGACAACAUUCCUGAGAUCAUCCUCUACUGGAAACACUCCACGAUCUUUGAUGUUGGAGAGAGUUUGAUGGUGCCUGAUGAGUUCACAGAAGAAGAGAAGAAAACAGGAAUGUUGUGGCGACACCUUGUGGCCGGAGGAGGAGCUGGUGCUGUGUCACGAACCUGCACAGCACCACUGGACCGGCUUAAAGUACUCAUGCAGGUUCACUCCUCUAAGAGCAACAGCAUGCAGAUCACUGGAGGUUUUGUCCAGAUGAUCCGGGAGGGUGGUGUUAGGUCACUAUGGCGAGGCAACGGCAUUAAUGUCAUCAAAAUCGCCCCUGAGUCUGCUAUUAAGUUCAUGGCCUACGAACAGAUAAAACGAUUAAUAGGAAGUAACCAUGAGACGCUGGGCAUCACAGAGAGACUUGUGGCGGGCUCUCUGGCCGGAGUCAUCGCUCAGAGUAGCAUCUAUCCCAUGGAGGUGUUGAAGACACGGUUAGCGCUGAGGAAGACGGGCCAGUACUCUGGCAUCUUGGAUUGUGCCAAACAAAUCUGUCAAAAAGAGGGCAUAGCCGCUUUCUACAAGGGCUACGUGCCCAACAUGCUGGGCAUCAUCCCGUAUGCUGGCAUCGACCUGGCUGUCUACGAGACUCUAAAGAAUUCCUGGCUGCAGCGCUUCGCCAUAGACAGCCCUGAUCCGGGAGUGUUUGUGCUCCUGGCUUGUGGCACCACUUCCAGCACGUGUGGCCAGCUGGCCAGCUACCCACUGGCGCUGGUCAGGACUCGGAUGCAGGCACAAGCUACCCUGGAAGGGGGCCCUCAGAUGAACAUGACAGCCCUGUUCAGGCACAUCAUCAGGACUGAGGGACCCAAGGGACUCUACCGAGGCCUGGCACCCAACUUCAUGAAGGUGAUUCCAUCUGUCAGCAUCAGCUACGUGGUCUACGAGUACCUCAAGAUCGCUCUGGGGGUCCAGUCAAAGUGAGGAGGGAAAUCAAGAGGCCAAAGGGUUGUUUUUGUUCUUCUUCUUUCUUUUGAGCUAAAGAUUGACUGAGUUGGGCUCUAAGAAACAAGCAGCUGACAUUCAACAUAUUGACAUCAAAUAAUGAAAUUCCAGGGUUUAAAGGAUAACCAUGAGAUGAUGUGAAUGAUGAGGAAUGAGAGCUCGAAAGCAGAGAGGCUGAUGAAGACUUUCUAGAUGCAGGGAAACUUGACUGAAGUUGCUCUUAUUCAAGUAUGUCUAUAGGCAAUCCAGGAGUGCUUCAACACCCGUUGAUCUUGGAUUAGAAAGACAAAAGUUUACAUUGAAUUCAUUGAGGUAGCUCACUGGGGGACCAGUAAAAUGACAAUGAAUGAAUCUUUAUCUUGAAGGGCUUUGCUAAUGCAGAUCACAAAUCCUCUCAACCUGAUUCAUGGUCUCGAUUUGAUACUGUGUUGGCUUUUAAGCUUUGUCUCUUGCUGUCUUGCCGCUGAAACAAAGCCAAAAUGUUGCUGCUCAAUGAAAAAUAUACAGUCACUGUAUAGACUAACUAGGAUCAUUUAAUUUAUGUGUACAAAUUCUGAAAUCAUACUGAAAUCGAGACCAUGAAUUAGUAAAAGGGUUUCUUUUUCUCCAUGAUACCUCCUGCACUCCAUAAAUGUGGCAACUACAGGAUAAUAACUUUCAUUUUGUUUCACUGCUUGUUCAGCUGCUUUAAAGACAUUUGGUUUUAUUCAGUCAUUUGCUCAAAGAAGCGAGAUGUGACCACAAGCAGAAGACAAGGAAGAUGUCCCCUGAUGAUGGGAAUCAACAUCACUUUAUGUUUAAAGGCAUAGUUUUGAUUUUUUAAAGCUGGGUUGUAUGAAGUACUUAUCCAUAUAUAUCCACUUAUCAGUUUCGUACCUUCAGUACAUGAUGGUCAGCUUCCUUUUAUUUGGAGACAGAAGCUCAGCAAUGUAGUACUGCUGAUGAGGUGGUCAGCAAAACCUUUUUAGUCUUUUAAAAAACACCUACCUAAAACAACCAGAAUCAGUCAAAGAGGGUGUUAUAUUGAGAAUAUUUUUAUUGCUUUGCCUUGCUGUCAGACAGUCCUUUCCUUUGGCACUACAUUUUCUCAACUGUUGAACUUCUGUAUUGAAACGCAAAAGUGAAACUGUGCUGCGCAAUGUGUCUCAUGGCAAGUCAGCUGUUUGGGUCAGACUUUCAACCAUUUAUGGAAAAGACAACAAAUACAAGAAAAUAAAAAAUGAGGGAUUAUGACAGCAACAACGUGUGAAGACAAAAGAAUACCUUAAUGUACCAAAGUAUACAGACGAACUUUGCAGUGAGAGACUGAGCGGGCCAACAGAGAGUGAUGCAUUUGAAUAUGAUAGUUUUGCAGCUGGCGAAAUGUAUUGCCAACAGAAAGCGCUGUUGGACGGCUGCUAAGGUGGUGAAAAUAUUCCAAUAUAAUGUGCACUUGAUGCACUGAUGUUGAUUUUUUUUUUAAGUGAUACAUUUCUUUUUAGUUGGCUAAAAUAUAUUUUGUUGCUGUCCCCAUCUACAGCAGUAUAUUUCUUAACUUCCAUGGUGGUACUUAUGUGUGCUCUUCCAAACUGGAGGUUAACUGUUAUCUACUGUAGUCUUGGGCAAUAUGAAUAUUUCACACCUUCCUUAAAUUUCUCUAGGGUAUAACCCGAUGCUACUUAAUUUCAGCUUGUAAGAUUAACAAAUACGCAAUAGAAACCCACAAAAUGUUAAGAAAAGGAACAUUUGCACAGCUAUUUCCUUGAUUAAACAGAGAAAUACAAUAGUACAAUUGAAUUCAACUUUCUCUCUGUCACAGAAGACUGAUGAGGCCUAAUUGCCUUCAUGAGUUCAAAAGAAAGACAAGCACCUGUAUUUAUUAUGGUAUUGAAAAACAUACCUUCAGGAUUUCUAAAUACCCUAGUAUACUGUAAUACUGUGGUACCUCCCAAGUCUAAUCUGCUGUAUGCAAUACACUGACUGUGGAUAAAUACCUCAUACAACCCCACUUCAAAUCAUCUGAACUAUUCCUUUAACAACACAGAGGCAGUAUUAUCAAGGGAAACUGAAUAUGGGCUGUCACAAAUAUCUGAUCCCUAAACUUGUCAGAUUACCAACGUCUUAAAUUGACACAGCAUAUUCUGUCAGAGUCUAUGACAUGUAUCAGUGCUUAAAUAUAUCUUUUCAGAAUUAACAGAGUACAGUUUGGAGGUUAGUGUCCCUCCUAAAACUGUGCACAGAGGUCUCUGUGCAAUACACCUCCUUAAUUUCUGUAGUGUUCAGUAUAUCAGUUUUCAUGCGUUCACCUUUAAACCAGUUUUCCCUCUCUGCAGAUCUGACACGAGUCACCAGGAAAAUGUAACUGUAUUAUCUGGAUCUCACAUUUUCCAUUCUUGUUCGAUGUCAAUAAGUAUUCCUUUAAGUCACAUGGCAGGACAUCGGAGCAGAGGCGGCACUCUCAGCCUGACUGAUGCCUGUGUCACAUGAGACACAGAUUCCCAUGAGUGCCUCUCUUACUUAAAUGCACUUAAACACUAGAAGAGGUGGAUUCUGUGGAGCGUCGAAUGCACUUUAAGGUACUCUGCUUUAAUUCCUGUUUUUUUUUUUUUUGUUGUUGUUUUUUAUUUUAUUUUAUUGACGUAUUUAUGUAUUUAUUUUACAAAAGAGGAUUCAUGACUGAAUAUGUUAUCCAUUGGUUAUGCUGAAUAUAUAAUAUUAGGUGUCUUUUAAUUUCAGAGUCAUCUGUGGUCUUAGUGAAUAACUGAGGCAAAGAACUGGUUUGUUUUGAGUGAUAGACACAACUAAUAUGGUUUAAAAUUCAAAAAGCCUCAAAUAUAUGGAAGCCCAAAGUGGCCAGUACUAAAUGAAACAAUCAUAUGAGUAAACUGUCAAAUAUUUAAAUGAACCAACAUUUUGUGAAAUAAUUGAAGAAAUUA